AUGUCCGAUAAGCAGUCAACAAAUAACGCAAUUACUUACCUGACGUCAGAUGGUUUUUUCCAACUUCCAAAAACACCCCAUGGUUACACACAUAUAUCAAUCUUUUCGUUCUUUUUAAUUACUGGUUUGCACAGCGAAACGUGUAAAAAACAGACAAACAACUACAAUUACGCUGCCAUCCUACGAGAAGCUCUCAUGACAUUGUAUUUUGGUGUUGACAAUCUUGAAACUCUUUCUAUUGUGUGGCUUGAUGCCGAUGAUAAUGUCUUGAAAACAAAUGCAUCAGUUUACAAGCAGUUUUGUUCGAUUACCGAGUUCAUUCAUACAUUUAAAGAGGCAGCAGAGUGCGAAGCACAUAUCAGGCGAGCGAAAUACGAUCGCAUUAUACUCAUUGUUGAUGGACAAUUGGUAAAAGAUACAUUGAAGCAUAUUCACGACUUGAAGCAAGUAAUAUCGAUUUAUGUUUACCAUAAUAAAGCCAUACAUGAAGAUUUUCAAUGGACUUCAACGUUCAAAAAGGUGAGAUGUGAAAAAAUCAAAGAUUCGUUACCGAUCACCAUCGCUGAAAGAACAUCAUCAGGUAUCGAUGGAAACUUCCUUCACGGACAACUACUUCUCGAAGUUCUUGACCAGAUGGAAGAAGAUGCGCGGGAGAAGAAAAAGCUCAUUGAAUUGUGCCGGGACACGUACAAGGAUAGUCCCGCUGAACUGACUCGAGUUACCGAAUUUGAAGAAAAUUACCGUGCUGACAUGGCAUUGUGGUGGUAUACACGAGAAUCGUUUGUUUAUCGAAUGGUAAAUAAUGCUUUCAGAACUGAAAAUAUUGACGUUAUCGUUCUUUUUCGAUCGGUUAUCCACGACGUCGAAAAUCAGUUACGCGAUGUACAAAUCUCUUCUGCAAUUCACGUGUAUCGGGCUCAGUUGAUGUCAGAAAAAGAACUUGCUUUACUACGCCGAUCUGUAGGUGAACUCAUCUCGAUCAAUUCAUUCCUAUCGUCUACAGCCGAUCGUAAUUAUGCAACAUUUCUUUUGGAAUCGAGUGCUAACAGUAAGAUGGAGCGUGUACUGUUUGAAAUUGAUGCCAAUCCUAAUCUAUCAAAAACUAAACCUUUUGCCGAUGUUUCUUCCCAUUCGUCAUUUCCAGAUGAAAAAGAAAUCUUGUUCAUGGCUGGAUCUAUUUUUCGACUCGUUAAUCAUUCCGAAGAACACGGGGUACAUACUUUGCGGAUGGUCUUGUGUGGAGAAGAAGAUCAUGAUUUAAAACCUCUCUUUGACCAUUUUAGAAAGGAAAUUAAUCAAGAAGAUGGCCGUUUAUCACUAGUAAUACUGCUCGCCAAAUCAGGUAAAACGCAAGCUGCAAAGAAACAAUUAGAGUUGUUUUUGAAAAAGCUAACGGACAAAACUGGGAACGUCUCCUACGAAAAUCAUCUACUUAGAACCAUGUUCGAUGAUGAAAAUGCCGGCGACUUUGAUUUCCAUGUGAAUGGGCUCAAGUUUCAACUGGCUGUCAGUGGGGAGCAAAUACUCUUUUGUCAUACGCCUACAACGUAUAACGAUCAUUUUUUUAAUGCGAGCCAUUAUCGAAAUAUGGGCGAUAUAAAUCGAGCACUCUCGUCGUAUGAAGCAGCAGUUAACAGCUACAGACAAAAGCAUAAGGAAAACCACGAAAACAUUGCGAGAAGCUUGCUUUCCAUGGGGCACAUCUAUAUGACAAUUGCAAAAUAUGACAAAGCUCUUUUCUUCUUUCAACAAUCGCUUUGUUUAAUCGAAAAUUUUCUCAAUAACGACCAGUUGAUCUUAGCCGCCUGUCACGAUCAUAUUGGAAGUGCUUACUGCGAAAUGUCGGAAUAUGAUCUUGCGCUAGACAGUCUCGAGGCUGCAUUCCGUAUCAAGAGCCAACUGUUCCCACCAGACCAUUCACAGAUUGCUAUUUGUUUUGAUCUGAUGGGGGGUGUUUUACAGAAGAAACGUGACUUUUCCAAAGCACUAUCCUUAUACAAACAAGCAGCCGAUAUCUAUCAAAAAUCACUUCCUUCAGAUCAUCCAUUUGUCGUUCACAUAAUGGAUACCAUUAGUAUUCUCAGAAAAGAACAUUCUCUAACAUUGCUGUAUCCUUCUCCACGACGUUUUUGUUUUUUAUUGCUCAUUUCUACGACGAUCAGUUUAAUUGUUGCAUACACAUGGGCUUACCUGGAGGAACUUUAA